AUGGGCUCCGAAGAUCAAUACAUCGUCUAUGACGAUGAAGCCACAAUUGAGACUAUCUCCGAAGGAAGAGGUGGAAUUUGUGUUGAAGAGGAGGAAGAAAGGAUGAGUGUUGAAAAACUGGAUUAUGGAAUAGAGCCUGAGAAGAUGAGUUUGAGAGAGUCCACACAGCCUCAGUUCCUUCUCAAGUAUUCGUGUGAGUCAGAUGAAAAAGAUGAGCUCACCACCAAUUCUCCAGACCUUACUAUUGUCGAUGCUGAAGUUGCCGCAUCCGUCGCUUCACUGCAAACCACACGUCGUCAAUGGUUCAAGGGUUUGCGGAGUCGCCUUCGGCGUUUUUUCCUGUGUUGCAAUGCAAUUGAAGAGGACUAG